CAAACAAAACCGGUUGUUUCGUUCUCUGCGACAAAACCCACCGAACCACCUCAGUCAACCAGCGGAAAUCAACCCCAACAUCGAGCAACCAUGGCUGGCAGCGGUAUGCUUAUGAAUUUCGAGAUAGGCGACGAGCCGCUCAGAAGACAGGUUAAGUUUGUCGGAGGACGCUGGAGAGAUCGAUCCCACGCCAAACGCAGCGCCCAAAGAAAUCGAGCGCCCGCCGGCGCCGACGAUGCCACGCCAUCCACCACCGACCGGCAAGAGCAUCAAGUGGCCGAUUCGCACCACGUCCAUGACGAGAGGCCCACGAAGCGACAGAGGACAUCUGAUCGAGAUGCGCAACCGGGGCGACCUAAAAGACCGGAGGGACCCAAUACCAACAGCAACAAUGCUAGCAGCAAGCUGGGCGGAAUCAGCUCAAGGCUAUUCACCUCGAACCCGACGCCGCGCACAGUAUUCGAAGCUCCCGUCGAGGAGAUUGCGGCCGCGGAACCGUCCAACGCUCCGCUGUCCGACGAGGCCGAGAACUUCCUCGCCCUCGGCCUGUCGCGGCGCAUCGCUCAACACCUGUCGUCGAAGCUGGAGAUGAAGGCGCCGACGUCCAUACAAAAGAAUACAAUCCCGCCGCUUGUCGGCGGCGACAGCGACGCCUUUCUGCAAGCCGAGACGGGCUCCGGCAAGACCCUAGCCUACCUCCUCCCCAUCGUGCAGCGCAUCGUGGCGCUGAGCCAGCACCCCGACGGCACGAGCACCGGCAUCCGGAUACACCGCAACUCGGGGCUGUUCGCCGUCGUCCUCGCCCCGACGAGGGAGCUGUGCAAGCAGAUCGCCACCGUGCUCGAGAAGGUCCUGCGCUGCGCGCCCUGGAUCGUCAGCACCGCCGUCAUCGGAGGCGAGAGCAAGAAGUCGGAAAAGGCGCGGCUGCGCAAGGGCGUCAACAUCCUAAUCGCGACGCCUGGCCGCCUGGCCGACCACCUCGACAACACCAAGGUGCUCGACGUCGGCACCGUCCGGUGGCUCGUCCUCGACGAGGGCGACCGCCUGAUGGAGAUGGGGUUCGAGGAGGAGCUCAAGAACAUCGUGGGGAAGAUCCGCGCCGAGACGCUCAAGGACGAGGCCGCGGACGGCACAAAGCUCGACGCGCUGCCGCGCCGGCGGGUCACCGUGCUGUGCUCUGCAACGAUGAAGAUGAACGUGCAGCGCCUCGGCGAGAUAAGCCUCCAGGACGCGGUUCACAUCACGGCGUCCAAGCCGGAGAGCGAGAGCGCCGAGGCCAAAGAGGAAGAGGAAGCGGUCAAGGCCAGCGAGGCCGUCUUCAGCGCCCCGUCGCAGCUCAAGCAAUCCUUCGUCGUCGUCCCGGCAAAACUGCGACUCGUCACCCUGAUAGCGUAUCUCAAGGCGGCCUUUUCCCGGAAGGGCUCCGUGAUGAAGGCCAUCGUAUUCAUCUCGUGCGCCGACUCGGUCGACUUCCACUUCGACCUGCUCCGCUCGCGGGCCUCCCCGCCCCCCCCCGCUCCCGCGUCCGAUAGCGCUUCCUCUCCUACCACCACCACUCCCACCACCACCACUCCCGCCACCGCCACCGCCACCUCCUCCUCUACUUCGCUCACCCGCGACACCAUCGCCGACGCGGCGUACAUCACGUCGCCGGCGAACCCGGCGGUCGCGCUGAUGCGGCUGCACGGGUCGCUCGCGCAGCCGGUGCGCACGGCGACGCUGUCGGCGUUCCGCGCGCAGUCGGCCGGGCCGGCGGUGCUGCUGACGACGGACAUCGCGUCGCGGGGGCUCGACGUGCCGGCGGUCGACCUGGUGCUCGAGUACGACCCGGCCUUCAGCGCGGCCGACCACGUGCACCGCGUCGGGCGCACCGCGCGCGCCGGCCGCCCCGGCCGCGCCGCCCUCUUCCUCCUGCCCGGCUGCGAGGAGGGCUACGUCGGCUUCCUGCUCGGACCCAAGCUCUCCGCCGCCGCCGCCGCUGUGACAUCGUACGAGGACACGCUCAAGAAGGGCCUCGCCACCCCGGUCCUCCUCCCCCCCGCCGCCGACGCCGCCGCCGACGCCGAGCCCCGCGCUCUCGCGUCCGACCGCCCCACGCCAAACUCCCGCGCCGAGGCGCUCCAGCUGCACCUCGAGCAGCGGCUGCUCCGCGGGUACGGACACGCGACCCACGGCAGCAACAACAAAAACAACAACAACGGCGGCGCCGGCGACGCGGACGCGGACGCGGACGCGAAGCUGCUCCUCGAGUCGGCGCGCCGCGCGUUCCGGUCGCACGUGCGCGCGUACGCGACGCACGUGCGCGAGGAGCGGGCCUUCUUCGACCUGGCGCAGAUGCACCUGGGCCACGGGGCGAAGAGCUUCGGGCUGCGGGAGGCGCCGGGGGGGCUCGGGGGCGGGGCGCCGGCGAAGCGGCGGAAGAGCGGCGGCGGCGGUGGUGGUGGUGGUGGUGGUGGGGAGGAGGCGAGGGCGCGGAAGGGCGGGAGGAGAGACGAUGAUGGUGGUGGUGACAAGGACGACGAGGAGGCCGAGGCGCGCCGCGCGCGCAUGCGCGCGAAGACGCGCCAGGUCGUGAUGGAUGCGGCGGGCGAGUUUAAUAUUGGUUGAGUGCGUGCUGGGGUGCGUGGGUAGAGG